CUUUUUUGUUUAGGUGCUUUAAGUCUAUUAGGCGAGCUUGAUUCCAAUGUGUCAGCAGAAAAUAAGAAGGAUUGGAUUGAUUGGAUAUAUGCUCAACAAGUAUUACCAACAGGGGAAAUUCCUGAUGCUAACGAAGCUUAUUGUGGAUUUAGAGGUUCAUCUUGGUCAGGAAGAAAAUUUGAACCAAAUGCAACAACAUGCCCAUUUCAAUACUAUGAUUCUAGUCAUAUAGCAAACACAUAUACUGCCUUAUCGAAUUUGUUGUUGUUAGGUGAUGACCUUUCAGGUGUAAAUAAGGAUGCCAUCAUAAAAACUCUGAGUUUGUUACAACAAGAAGAUGGAAGUAUUGCCCCUAGUUUUCAAAGUUUAGAAAGGGAUGUUAGAUUUAUAUAUUGUGCCUGCUCGAUCUCUUACAUUCUUAAUGAUUGGUCCGGUAUAAAUAUAGAUAAAACAGUUGAACAUAUUAAGCAGCUACAGUCCUAUGAAUAUGCUAUGGCACAAUGUCCUGAACAAGAAGCUCAUGGUGGAUCAACUUUUUGUGGCGUGGCAGCUUUAGCUUUAAUGAAUAAAUUGGAAGAUGGAAUUGUAAAUAAGCAAAAAUUAAUAGAGUGGUGUCUUUUCCGUCAAACAUCAGGUGGAGGAUUUCAGGGUAGACCUAAUAAAUUACAAGAUGUUUGUUAUGGUUUUUGGAUUGGUGCUUCUUUAGAUAUGCUGAACUCGUUUAAUAUGGUUCAACAUGAAAAAUUAAAGGAUUUUUUAAUCGACUGUCAGUUUAAAUUAGGUGGAUUUGGUAAAGAUCCAGACUCAUAUCCAGGUAAAACAGAGAUAUAUGAAAAAAAGAUUAGGUAG